UUCAUUCCUCACUUGGUCGUCUGCAUUAUGAACGAGAGCCACGUCUGCUCCGGAUUUUCAUGAAAAAUUAUUUUACUCCAUCAGAAAAAAAAAUUAAGUGAAUUCUAAAGACGAUGUGGACUCUAGUGUUACUUCUCGUUACUUUCGAAUUUCCUCUGGCGCUGAACGCAGCAGCCAUGGGGAGCGACAGCAUCAGUGAUUAUGAGAGGCUGAGACAGCGUGUUUCGCGUGAGUCGAUGAUCACGACGACCAUUAUGAACAGCGUGAACGUCGUGCAGCUGGAGCUGUCGACCAUGAUCACGGAGCAGAAACAACAGAACGACGACAUUAAGCUGCUGAUGCAGCAGGUGGCGGCUCUGUCCAAACUGAACACCCAGUUGAAUUUCGAGUUAAACAAAGUGAAACAGAACUUGACUGAAUCUAACCAGAGACUUAAGGACAUGAUUGACCAGAAUGACGACAAAGCAGAGGAAAAGUCUGGGUCACUCGCCAGGGAUGUAGGAGACGUUAGGAAAGAGAUUUCACGUCAGAAUAACGAUAUAGAAGUACUUCAGGUGGAUCUGAAGCAGCUACAGCGGUCGACAGUGGAUGACAGGGUCUUCGUUGACAAAGUGUCGUCGAUUUCACAAGAAAUGGGCGAGAUUAAGACAGCUAACGGUAUGAACAGUCUCGUUAUAGAGGAGCUACAACAGGAGGUCAACAAGGUCAAAUUGUCCAAGGUUAGCAAUGACGAUUUCAAUGAAAAGUACUCGCUGUUGGAGGAAGAACUUGAUUACGUCAGAGAGCAUGGUGUCAACAAUAGUAUCGCUAUAAGUGAGAUAGAAGAUGAGAUGGACACCAUAACUUUCAAUCAAACCAAGCAUGACAACAAUCUGUUAUAUCUUAACCAAAAAGUGCAAACCUUGCAAAGAAGAAGCGACAAAUUAGAAUCAGGUAUUAUUAACAUGACGGACGAUAUGACGUCAUUUGAUUCAAGUACUAAAGGAAUGACCACAGUUAUUUCCGAAAUGCAAGGCGAUCUGAGUUUAGUGCAGAAGAGUAGCGCGGACCUGGGAGAAAUCGUUUUGAGACUUACGAACGAUAUGAUGUUUCUGCAAACGAAUACGGUAACACUAACAGACACCAUCACCGGAGUGGAAAGUAACGUGACGUCACUCCAACUGGACAGUGAACGUCAUGACGACUCUCUGAGGAACAUAAAGAGAAACGUCUCCAUUAUCAAAGAUGUUCAGAACGCCAUUGAGAGCGAUAUCUUCAAAAUGAGAAAAUAUCUCAUCUCUCAGAAAGAUAGCAGCGAGGGAAUGGCGGUGGUUAUUUUCAGGCUGACGAACAAUCUGACGUCAUUAAGGGAGAAGGACGAGAAACUCGAACAGGCGCUAUUUAAGAUAUAUCAUAACGUCACACAGCUGAACGAAGAGGAAAACAUUCUCAGAGGUGAAGUCAGGAACCUCAAAGAGAAUGUGACGUCACUCAGCGAGAAGAACAGAAACACGGAUGACAAGGUUGAUCACAUCUCACAGAAACUCCUCUCCGUCUACAGACAGAGCAACAAAUUCGACGAAGAACUCUUCGACCUUAAAAACUCUCUUUUCGUUUACGACGACCGAAGCAAGAAGCUCGCCGACUCAUUGACUGGAAUUGAGAACAACGUCACAACCAUUCAGCAGCGAUUUGACGCACUGAGCGGCGUCAUUGAGAACCUGAUGCAUAACGUGACGUCAAUAGAACGAGGGAACGGACUGCUUGAUGACGCAAUAGAUCAGCUGAGUCACAACGUGAAGUCCCUACAGAAGCAGAAGGAGAGCGUGGGAGAUGUCAGACCACGCCCUACCACCACACAGGUGGCGCUGCCGAGGAACGCAAAUACACCACGUGUGGCUUUUACGUCACAGAUCAGCCUAGAGGGCGCAAUGUCUGACGUCAAGCGGAACCAGACGAUCGUGUUCGAUUUAGUGGAAUACAAUAUGGGCGGGGCUUACGACCCGACCACCGGGAAAUUCAAAGCUCAAGUAUCCGGGACUUACGUCUUCUUUUUCAACAUCCUGACCCGCCCUCACAUGAGGUUAGGCGUGGAUCUAACCAUCAACGGAGAGACCAGAUCCGCAUGCGCGUACUCGGGCGCGGAUCCUAACUUCAGUGUGAACGGAAGUAACAUGGUGGUCGUACAUUUGAACCAAGGGGACGAGGUUUGGGUCCGCGCCCACAAGAGCCGGGAUCCGCCCCCUGGUGUCAUGCUGUCCAGCUUUGCCAAUAGUUUUGCUGGUUUCCUUCUCUAUUCAGAUUAAAAAGCAUUGACUUCUUUUUUAAAAACAUUUUAUAAAUAUUUACAACCAUUUUAUUUUACAUCAAUAUUUAUUUUAGUUGUAUCUAUUGUUUUGCAUAUCGUGUACACUGUCUUGUAUAUAUUAUUUCAUUUCAGACAUUUUGCGUUAUUAGUGCAUCAUGUUCACGAUGUCAUUUUAUUGAAAUAAAGAAUGAUGAAAUGUUUGUAUGAUAGCUGUAUCAAUGUGUUACCUUUAACAUUGUUCAAUUCUCUUGAAUUCAGUAAAUGCAGGCAGUAUUGAUUUUAACAACAUUAUAAAGCCUUCAUUUGUUCUGGCUUUGGUAAUACGUAGUCAAUGAUUCAUAUUACAAAUACAAAUUGAAUAACAAAAGUCAUUUAGAUUGAAUGGAUGAUUGAAUGACAAAAAGGAUGAAUAUAAUUUCUAUUUAAACAAGCCAUGUAUGUAAAAGAUGCUUUGUUUUGUUUAAAAUAAGUAUCUGAUACAUGGAUAUGCUAUUAUGAAUCAUGGUCAAAA